UCUCUCGUUAAUUUGUUUCUGUGGUUCCGGUCACCGCAGCUCUGUCAUCAUCUUCUCUUCUCUCUGCAUCUUCCUUCUUCUCCAUCUACUAAUCUCAAACCUACAAAAUCUCGAACUGUAGCUCUUAUUACCAAAAGGGUUAUCGUACAUCGUCUUGUCCUAAGUUUCUGAGUACAGUUGUAAUUACAAAGAUUCGUUUUUUAUCGGAGCUCCGGUUCUCAAGAGUUAUUCAAAUGGCUGCGUCAGAGAGAUCGAUGGACCAACAAGUCGACACGAGUUCUUCCUUCCUACAAAAGUUCAGACUUUACGAAACACGCUCGAACUUCUACAUGAUCGGAAGAGAUAAAAACCGAACCUUUUGGAGGGUUUUCAAGCUAGACAGAACAGAGCAAACAGAGCUCAACUUCCACCAAGACUCAACUCCUUACACAGAAUCCGAAUGCUUCGAGACUCUGAGAAGGAUACACGAAGGGAACAGAUCAACCGGUGGGUUAAAAUUCGUCACCACUUGCUACGGCAUCAUCGGAUUCAUUAGGUUCUUGGGACCGUACUACAUGCUGAUAAUCACUAAAAGAAGUAAGCUUGGUGAAGUUUGUGGGCACACUGUUUACGGUGUAGCAAAGAGCAGGAUUGUUACGAUUCCACAUGCUUCUGUGCUGUCCACUGUGGCUUAUUCUAAGGAUGAGAAAAGGUACAAGAGGCUUCUAUGCACUGUUGAUCUCACAAAGGACUUCUUCUUCAGCUAUUCCUAUCACAUCAUGCACUCACUUCAGAGGAAUCUCUCAAACAAUGUUGAAGGACAGACUUACUAUGAAUCUAUGUUUGUCUGGAACGAAUACUUAACUCGACGGAUUCGAAAUAACGCCGAGGAUUGUAUGUGGACAGUUGCCUUGGUGUAUGGAUUCUUCAAACAGGCUAAACUAUCAGUUUCUGAGAAGAACUUUAGAUUGACUCUAAUUGCGCGAAGAUCUAGGCAUUAUGCUGGCACAAGAUAUCUGAAACGUGGUGUGAACGAGAAAGGCAGGGUAGCUAAUGAUGUUGAGACAGAGCAGAUUGUUUACGAGGAACCUCAAGAUGGCCAUCCCGUCAGAAUAAGUUCUGUAGUUCAGAACCGUGGCUCCAUACCUUUGUUCUGGUCUCAGGAGACUUCACGCUUGAAUAUCAAACCUGAUAUAACAUUGUCAGCGAAAGACCCUAACUUCGAAGCAACCAGACUACACUUCGAAAAUCUAGCAAGGAGAUAUGGGAAUCCAAUCAUAGUACUGAACUUGAUCAAGACACGUGAAAAGAGGCCUAGAGAGACUAUUCUCCGUGUGGAGUUUGCAAAUGCGAUUAAAUUUAUAAACAAAGGGCUAAGCAAGGAGGAGCGUCUAAGGCCUCUUCACUGGGAUUUGCAUAAACACUCCAGAAAAAAAGGCACAAACGUGUUGGGGAUUCUCGGCAGGUUGGCCACUUAUGCACUGAACUUGACUGGCAUCUUCUACUGUCAGCUAACUUCAGAUGGGUUUCAGAACCAGAAUCCAUCCACCGUGGAGAACAAUAUUGGUGAAUGUUCUACUUAUGAUCUUCCCACUAAAGAUGAGAUUGCAUCAGACUCAGCGGUGGAGAAUGGUAAUGACAGCAAGGAUCGACAAAAGGAAGCCACCAUGCUUCAGAAAGGAGUCUUGAGGACUAACUGCAUAGACUGUUUAGACCGCACCAAUGUUGCUCAGUACGCCUAUGGUUUGGUAGCAUUUGGGCGUCAACUCCACGCUUUGGGAUUGACAGAGUCUGAUACUAUUGAUCUAGAUAAUCCUCUCGCUGAAGAUUUGAUGGGAGUUUAUGAGACAAUGGGUGAUACUCUUGCGCUUCAGUAUGGAGGAUCCGCUGCACACAACAAGAUAUUUUGUGAAAGGCGUGGUCAGUGGAAAGCGGCUACUCAGUCACAAGAACUGUUCAGAACAUUGCAACGUUACUACAGUAACGCUUAUAUGGAUGCUGAAAAGCAAGAUGCAAUUAACUUGUUCUUGGGAUACUUCCAGCCACAACCAGAUAAGCCAGCGUUAUGGGAAUUGGGUUCUGAUCAGCAUUACAAUGCAGCAAGGUUUCUUGCCAGUUCUGUACCUGAGAUCUCAAGGUCUACGAUGAAACGAUCUUUAUCAGAAAGUAGCAUCCUUAGUGAGGGCACUAGUACAGUAGCUGGUAGACAUGGUUUAGGUGAGAAGGAUGAAGUAAAAGGUCUUUCGGAUUCAGCACCUGAGAUCAUCUCAGCAUCUAAAACAACUUCCAUGAUUGCUGGUAGUUUCAGUGCUCCACCACCGAUACUGGAGGAGAUAGGUUUAGACGAGAUACUUGAAAACGAUUGCUUCUGCUUUAAUGAUGAUAGGCAUGGUGGUGACCAAUGUACAUGUGCAGCUUUUGAUAUGGAUUGGGUUUCUUCUUCAGGAGCCUCUUGUGAAGAUGAGAGUAACGGAAGAUCAGCAUUAGUUAGAUCUUUUGAAACCAUCCCUGAAAGUACUAAUAUAGAGCCAGAGAUUUGUGUCAUUAACACAGAAAGAGAUGAAGUAACAACUGUGGAGGGAGAAGCGAUUAGUGGGAUUCCUCAAGGUUAUGUGAGGUGGGUGAUGGAUGAAGAAGAGGGCCAUUUCUGGUGACACAAGAGCUUUUCAACAGCUAGAUUGUUUUUACCAACAAAGAAAAGAAGAAGAUACAUGUUAGUGCUACUAAUGAAGAAAGAAAACUAUCAGAGAAGAAUAUACUAACAGCGCUAAUUCAUUAGCCAGAUUGGAAGAAAAAUGGUGAAAAGGUGAGAAAGAAAUAAAAGGAAGAGAGAGAGUAGACAAACUUGUAUAUAAUUUACUUAUACAGAAAAACAUAACUUAGAUCUUGUUGGAUAUAUCUUUGUGACAUUUUCAUUUUUCGGAGGGGGAUCUGAUUCCCGUAUGCAAUAAAACAGAGUGUAUGUUCAGUACU